AUGGUGAGGGUAUCAGCGGGUAGUCUGGCAGAUUUGCACCGAACAAAGGACAUUGUCAUCGCCGACCGGUACCGCCUUGACCGCAAGAUCGGGGCGGGGGGCUUUGGCCUUGGACCGAUCCAAUUGGGCGAGGAGGUUGCCAUAAAGCUUAUAUAUGUUCGAGAUAACCCCGAGGUGCUCCGAGGCGAGAAGGAUAUAUAUAACGCGCUAUCGGGUGGAGUUGGGAUCCCGCGGGUGCACUGGUAUGGAUUUUCGCUCAAGACUAUCCUCCUUAUCGCCGACCAGGCGAUCUCUCGGAUCGAAUAUAUCCAUUCAAAGGGUUUCCUUCACCGCGAUAUCAAGCCGGACAACUUCCUAAUAGGAAUCGACAAGCAGGGAAACACUCUAUACACGAUUGAUUUUGGCCUGGCCAAGGAAUCUGCCGAUGCCGAGCGUUACAAGGACGUAGAAGGCCUCCUAUUAGGCGGUACCAUACGGUACGCAAGCAUUAAUAAUCAUAACGGCCGCGAGUCUCUGGGAUACGUCUUUGUAUAUUUUGCCUACGGCUCGCUACCAUGGCAAGGCCUAAAGGCGGCCACGGGCGAAGAAAAGGACGCGCGGAUCAAAGAGAUAAAGGAGCGCCUAUCUGGCGAAGAGCUCUGCGACGGCAUCCUCCCCAAAGAAUUCGCCACGUAUAUUAACUAUACCCGACGCCUGCGUUUCGAGGAUAGGCCGGACUACUCGUAUCUUCGUCGACUCUUCCGUCGUCUAUUUGCAGCAAAGGAGUUCAAAUAUGAUAACGUCUUCGACUGGACGAAGAAGAUGUUUAACGAGAUGCAAAGUAAAGUAUUGAUGCAUCUUGCUCAGUGA